GUUUCCACUUUAAAUGGAAAGAAUUCUGCUGCAGAGCCCGUGUACUGGGGUAUGAGAAGCCAGGGCUCUGGACCUGGGACUUGGGAGCCCUCUCCUCUAGCCCACUGACCCUUUAGUCAUAGCUUUUCCCUGGGCUUCAGUCUCCAUGUGACAGCCCAGUGUCUGGGCAGAAGGUCUGACCACGGGGUCUUUCUGGCCUCCAGGUUUCCUGUAUCUCUGAACUUCCUGUGAGGCUGCCUCCUCUCCCCAGGUUCCUUUCCCCCCAGCCUGUCUUCUGGUGCAGGGAUGGGGUGGUUGGAAACCUGUCUGGAGAUGCUGGGAACCAAGCGAGGGAAGGAGCUCUCUGGCUGUCAUGAGUUGGCAUCCAGAUCCCCUGACGGAGAGGAAGAUACUUAGGGGCUUCUGGUCCAGAGCAAGACCAGCCGUGGCGUCUGCGCCUGUUUCACCCAGCGGUGACCCAGGGCCAUCUCCAAGUCUCAGCUAGACCCUGGAGCCACAGGAAUGUUAAUCUCUCACUAGAGCCCCAGGAAGCUGUGACUCCACUGUAGAACAUUCCAGACAUAGUGGUCUGCUGUGCAAUCAUUUCCCCACCCCACCUGCUGACCACACCCAAGAGCUGCCAAGGCUCCAAACCUGCCCUUUCUGUUCCCCUGCCUUUGCUUGGGUUAUCGUUGGGCUCUCUUUGGGGGCCUAGCCUGGAAAGGCCGCCCCAGCCGCAUGUCCCACUAGCUGUAGACCACCUCUCACCCUCUUCAUUCCUCAACGUUUAUGAAUGGUUUUACCAAGUGUAAGGGCCUUUCAUCACCUCCAUCCCAGGCAGAAGCCACUGUGCCCCACCAAACCCACUCGCCCCCAUCUCACAGCCAACCACUCCACUACAGUGGCCCAUCUUUACUCCCAGUCUUUGCAGUCCUCAGAAAUGGGAACUGUCACCACCUUCCAUGAUGGUGUGUGAUUAAUUCUUGAACUUGGAAGCCUGAGGCCGGAGGGUCAUGAGUUUAAGGCCAGCCUGAGCUAAUAGUAAAGGCUUGUCUCAAAACAGUCCAGAACUAGAGAAGAGAUUUGUCGGUAGACCCAAGGUGGUCUUACCAACCGCUCAGGCAUGGUCUCCAGCAGGUCUCCCAAAUGGAGUCAUGCUUAGUAGUUAAUUCCAUCCAGCUGAUCCACUUGCCGGAACACUGCAGCGUGGGCACAGUUAAGGUGUCACAGAGAGACUGUAUUCCAAGCACACUAUCGGGGUCAGACAGUAACCUGUGGGGCCUCCCCGCAUCAGGCUCCUGAAGCUCAGAUCGCAGGAUCCAUUCCUUCCCUUCUUUGGGCACAACAGGCCUGAGUCCUGGGAAGUUAGAGACCUCAGGCACCGUGAAGUGCUGUGGACCUGGGGUCAGAGGAGGAAAGGCCGGUGCUGUUUCCACGCCAGCUAGCACUUGCUUCCUGGACCCACCUUGCUGGCACUGUUUCUCAUUGCUGGGCUGAAGGCUAGACAAAAAGAGAUUGAGUUUGCCUGGUUGAGUGGCCUGGAUUUCUCCUCCAGUCCCAUCACCGCUUGCUUGGAUGUGGCUGUCUGGAUGCUGUAUUCCUUACUUUUCCAGUUGCUGUAACAAAAGCAACUUAAAAGAAAGGUGCUAUUUUGAAGCACAGUUCAAAGUUACAUUCCUGCAAUGCAGAGAAGUCCUGGCAGGAGGAACUCGAGGCAGCCCAAGUUCACCUGGCAUCCGCACUUGGAAGCAGAGAGAGGCUGAUGCAUGCCCAGCUCUCCUCCCUCUUCUUCUCCUUUGAUUUCAGUCCAUAACCCCAGCCCACAGAAUGAUGUCACCCACAUUUAAAGUGGGUCUGGUCUCCCCACCUCAGUUAACCUCUAACCUAGAAACUGGUUCCCAGGCAUGCCCAGAUAGACGUUUGUUUCCACGGUGAUUCUAGAUCACAUCAAGAUGAACCAUCACAGACGCCGUCUUGAGGAUUCUGAAGCUUCAACUACCAUGGCGAGAAGGGAUGCCCCAGUCGUUAGCAAUGGCUGGCUGGCUCAGAGUGAGAGGCAAGAGGCGUACCCCACAUGCCACACAUCUACACCCCAAUUCCGUUACUAAGCUCAGGCCCUGGGGUCUGGCUGCUUUGCCCCUGAACUCUCCUGGGCUUCAGUUUGUUCUCCAGAGUAGACAUGCGAGCUGGUGAUAAUCCUACACAAGGCCCUGGAGGCUGCCCAGCAAGAGAAGCGAGCCUCCAGUGCGUACCUGGCAGCCACCGAGGACAGAGAUCGGCUGGAGCUGGUCCGGCACAAGGUGCGGCAGAUCGCAGAGCUGAACCAGAGGGUGGAGGCUCUGGAGCAGGACCGUGAGCGCCUGGUGCACGAGGCUGGCCUGCGGGAGCAGCAGGUGCAGGCGCUUCAGCAGCAUGUGCAGCUGCUCAUGGACAAGAACCAGGCCAAGCAGCAGGUCAUCUGCAAGCUCUCCCAGAAGCUCACGGAAGACCUUGCACAACCCCAGCCUGCUGAUGCUACCAAUGGUGACUUCCUGAGCCAGCAGGAGAGGUUGGAGCAUCUGAAGGAUGACAUGGAAGCAUAUCGGACCCAGAACCGCUUCCUCAACUCUGAGAUCCACCAGGUCACCAAGAUCUGGAGGAAGGUGGCCGAGAAGGAGAAAGCCCUGCUGACCAAGUGCGCCUACCUCCAAGCCAGGAACUGCCAGGUAGAAAGCAAGUACCUGGCCGGACUUCGAAGGCUGCAGGAAGCGGCAGGGGCUGAGCCUGGUGACUUCCCUGAGCUGCUGCAGCAGCUGGUCCAGGAGGCACUGCAGUGGGAAGCAGGAGAGGCUUCCGACAGCGUGGGGCUGAGCCCUGUCAGCGAGUAUGAUGAUUAUGGCUUCCUGACAGUGCCAGACUACGAGGUGGAAGACCUGAAACUACUAGCCAAGAUCCAGGCCUUGGAAGUGCGCUCCCACCACCUGCUGGCCCUCGAGGCCGUGGAGAGGCCACUACGGGACCGCUGGGCUACUCUGACCGAGCUCAUGCCCUCAGCUGAACUCAAGCAGCUGCUACGGGCAGGUGUGCCCCGAGAGCACCGCCCACGGGUCUGGAGGUGGCUGGUCCACCGCCGUGUCCAGCACCUGCACUCCUCAGGCUGCUACCAGGAGCUUCUGGCCCGGGGCCGGGCAUGUGAGCACCCUGCUGCUCGUCAGAUCGAGCUGGACCUCAACAGAACCUUCCCCACCAACAAGCACUUCACCUGCCCUACCUCCAGCUUCCCUGACAAGCUCCGCCGUGUGCUCCUGGCCUUCUCCUGGCAGAACCCCACCAUUGGCUACUGCCAAGGCUUGAACAGGCUGGCAGCCAUCGCCCUGUUGGUCCUAGAGGAUGAGGAGAGUGCCUUCUGGUGCCUGGUGGCCAUUGUGGAGACCAUACUGCCGGCUGAGUACUACAGCAAGACACUGACUGCAUCCCAGGUGGACCAGCGGGUGCUCCAGGACCUCCUCUCAGAGAAGCUGCCCCGACUGACUGCGCACCUGGGACAGCGCCAUGUAGACCUCUCUCUCAUCACGUUCAACUGGUUCCUCGUGAUCUUUGCCGACUCUCUCAUCAGUGACAUCCUCCUGCGAGUCUGGGAUGCCUUCCUGUACGAAGGGACCAAGGUGGUGUUCCGAUAUGCUCUGGCCAUCUUCAAGUACAACGAGGAAGCGAUCCUUCGACUCCAGGACAGCCUGGAGAUCUACCAGUACCUGCGCUUCUUCACCAAGACCAUCUGCGACAGCCGGAAGCUCACAAGCAUUGCCUUCAAUGAUAUGAACCCCUUUCCCAUGAAGCAACUGCGGCAGCUGCGGGCAGCCCACCGAGAGCGACUAGAGGCUGAGCUUCGGGAGCUAGAACUGCUGAAGGCUGAGUACUUGGAGAGAAGGGCAUCCAGGGGCAGAGCAGUGCCUGAGGGCUGCGUCAGCGAGGACGAAGGAGAAGGCGACAGCUGACCCACCACCCUGUUCCUCAAAGCCUUGCUUACCACUGCUGGCAGGAAGACAGAAUUCAGUAAUGGGCCGGAGGUGUGUGUGACCCCGGACAAGGCCUUGUCCUCUCCCAGCAUUAGCCUCUCGGGCAUGCCAGCCUGUAUCACAGCCCCACAGAGCACUUUAACACACAGGAAGGAGGCAGGGAUACACUCUGGGUCACCCGGAACCGUCUCCGAGGCACCGCCAUCUCAGUUUGGCUUGGAUUUCAUCUUCUGACCAGGCCUCCUGGGACUCUUCCUGACCCUGGACUCUAUGCAGUUGAGCGUGGCCCCGAUCUUCGGAUCCUCCUGUCAGAGCCAUGUCGACAUACAGCAACGUCCCUGUGGCUGAUGGCUCUCCCCCUUGAGGACAAAAGCAGUCUCAUUACCAGUGCUCCUGGGCACAAGGUGUCGGGAAUGGCACCCUCUGGCUCAAGGUCUUGGCCACCAUUCCUGUGGCACCCCAAGUUCAUCUGUCUUUCCAGGCAGUAGCCCCUCUGAGCUGCUACCUAGAUCUGUGUUGAGACCACCCUGCUUAUGGAGACUAUUAUCUGCAGUCUCAUGCCUAAAACUUGCCUUCUGUUUACAGCCCACAGGGGACAUCCCGGGGGAACCCCUGCCUGCCACCCUGAGGUACUUGAUAUGGUUUGGACAGUGUGCCCCCGUCAUGUGGGGCCAAUGAGGUAGGCUUGGGAGGGCGAGCAUGGCAGCAGCGCACCUGGCUCAGCAGAGAGAGUUGGUAAGCAGAUGGAGGGGACAUGCUAGGGGGAGACCAGCUCUCCCAGAAACCAUCAAAAAGCCAAAAACAGGUCAAACUGUGGGCACGGGCUGCUGGAUAAACAGUAUCCUCUCUACCACUCCCCUCACCAAGCCAAGGCCCCCACCUCUCCUUUUCCUCGCCUCCCUAGAAGAGAAUUCUGCCUAAGCACUUGUGCUCCUCCUUGGAGGACCAGAGCAGCUUUCUUACCAAGCUGCACCUUGUUCCAGCAGUGCUGGGCCUUGUGCUCUGUGCUCUUCCUUGGAGGACCAGAGCAGCUUUCUUACCAAGCUGCACCUUGUUCCAGCAGUGCUGGGCCUUGUGCUCUGUGGCUCUUGGAGCUUGGAGCCGAGUUCUACUAGCCCUGGGGGGUGAGCAUUCUGGGACUAAUUGCUUCCUCCCGCCCAGACAGAGCUCCAGUGUCACCCAGAGGGGAGGGCGGGUCUGGCCAUGACUGCCUGUGGGGUGCACCCAUAGUAUCAACACUAGGAAGAGAAAAGGAGUCAGGUGUGGGGUACACACUUCUGAUCCCAGCAGUUCCAACAGUGGAUUACACAGCCAAACAGUGUCUCCAAAACCAAAUAAAUAAGAGAAAAACGA